AUGGCUGCCGGUAAGUCUCUUGGAUUCAGAGCAUGGAAAGCAACGAAAAAAAAAACGACGAGUUUAGCAAUGGAUCAAAGUGAAAUGGUGCAGAUUCCGAACACGCCGACGCUGGUGGCCGAGGAGAAUGUGCAUCACAAGCGCUACCAGUCGGUGCAGUUGAAGCCGGCGCACGAGUCGAUGGCGAUGGAGCAGAUGGCGUUUCCGGCGGUGGCCCAGCCACCGCAAGACCGGCCACGUGGACCGGCGAUCCGAGAUCCGAGAUCAUCCAAGACCGAAAACGAUCGGCUUCCCGAGACUGGCGAGUACUUUGAGAACGACAAGGGCGACCGCUUCGUUUUCCGCCAAAAACUCGGCGACGGCGCGAUGGGACACGUCUUUUUGAGCGUCUUCGGCAUCAGGUAUUGAGUUGACGCAUUUCUGGCGUCUUGACGCCGUUCUAGUGCUUCGUUUUCAGAACCGUGGCCAUUAAGACGGAAAAGUUUUCGACGGGGAUGCUGCCGAUGGAGAUCAAAGUGUUGAUGGCUGUGAAACGAGCGAAAGGAGCUCACUUUUGUGAUAUUAUUGAUUAUGUAAGUACAGUAAUCACGGCGAGCAAAAUUGUGCACUUUUUGAUGUCUCCAGCGGCAGCCUAACUAGCCUAAUCAAUCGUCGUUUUGCAGGGAACGAUCCGUCGCGAGUACAACUACAUGGUGAUCAGUUUGCUCGGCAAGGACCUCUACCGUCUGCGCUCCGAGAUGCCGACGCGCUCAUUUUCGAUCAACACGACGACGAAGAUCGCGCUGGAGACGCUCGAAGCGAUCGAGGAGCUGCACAACUGCGGCUACCUGAGCCGCGACGUGAAGCCGAGCAACUUUGCGCCGGGCAUUCGCGAGAACGCCCAACACAAGACCAUCUUCAUGUUCGACUUUGGGCUCGCCAAAAAGUUUGUCGACCGCGAGAAUCGAAAGGUGAAGUCGCGCGGAGAGGUCGGCUGGCGCGGCACCGUCCGCUACGGAAGUCUGCAGGCACACAAGCGCAUGGACCUCGGCCGACGCGACGACGUCGAGUGCUGGUUCUACAUGCUCGUCGAGAUGUACGUUGGCGAGCUGCCGUGGCGUCACAUGACCGAUCGGAACGUUGUCGGACAGUCGAAGAUGAGCAUCCGCAAGGACUCGCGACACAACUUCUUUCGUCGCCUGCCCAAUCAGUUCGAGACGAUUAUGGUGCUGAUCGAUGGGUGGCCGUUUGAGAUUCGACCCGACUACAAACGUCUCAAGAUGUUGAUCAUGGAGGUGAGAAAGAGCACAUGGCCUAGAAAUUCCACUGUUUUGUCUCUUUGAGAUCCGCCGCGAUCUGCAAGUCCCGGACCGAUGCACGUGGGACUGGCAAGCCGAGGAGUCGCAACACUCGGAACUCACCGAAACCACGUCGAUCAUGUCGGACAUGGCGAUCAUGGCCGAGCAGGGAACGGCGAACUACACGGACCGCGCCUGA